UUUCUGUACCUAUAAAUGUCGACCAUCACUGAUGCAUGUUAUAUGUUCAUCAUGACGUGCAUGAUGCUGUGGUCGGUUCUGCUGGCGGUGACGGUAACGUCUGUGGUCGGCUACAAUGACAGAGUGCGAUACAACAUCAACACUCAGGCCAAAUGUACCGAGGUGACAAGACGCGCUACCCGUAACUGUAUUUGGCCGGCUGGACUCAACCCCUUUGCUGACCAGAUAGCUGAGAAAGGUCGGAUUAUGGCCUACAAGAUACGGUGGUUCAAUGGACACUGGUCUGGCUGGUACGUCCCCGGCUACAACGACAUUGACGGGAAGUUCAACCCCUAUCCUCGACGUUGUACUGCGUUGCCCUACUUGCGAAACACGAUGAGAAGGAUGUGGUCGUAUUUCUACGAUCACACACACAAAUUCAUCAUCUGUAAAGCAAAAUAACUUGUGAAGAUCAUGUAUCUGACCUUGUUCACAACAUGAUAAUAAACGCAGUUAAAACAUA